UUAAAAGCUCAACUGAAACAGCUGAGCCGGGAGACGGGAUCUGGUUCUGUCAGAAAUGCCACCAAAAAAAACCCGUAUAUUCACUCUGCUGCUUUUACUCACGGUAGGAAUUUUACUGUCUGUCUUCUCGUGGGAUGAUUUAUCACACACCUUGAGCUGGCCUUCGUCCAAGCCAGUCACAGGUCGAGCGGAGCUGACCGAGUCAGAGUUGGCCCUCGAAAAGAAGUAUACAGCAUAUAUACGUAAAUCCUUGGCUUCAACAAACAGACAUGCGACAGCGCCUGAGACCCCCAUGUCACCGCUGACCAUUGCCAGCUUUAACAAGAUGCCUGAAUGGGAUUUUGAUGAUGAAUACAAUCUGGAUCCAUCACCCAGACAGACGACAUGUGCCCAGUCUCUGCGCAACUCUGCGGACGAGAGUUUCAGGAAGGCGUUUAUUCCCAACACGCGCUUGUUCAUGGACAAGGACAUCCUCGAUAUGAGAGAGUGGAACAGGCUGUCACAUUUCAACAGCCCUUUUGGUUUCAUGGGCUUCAAGUAUGAUGAUGUAAUGAACACUGCUAAGAUGAUCACAAAACCAAAGGAGCCGCUUCUAUCGCCUCUCCCUGGAAGCAACGGCUGCAUCAGCUGCGCGGUUGUCGGCACUGCAGGAAUUCUGAACGGAUCCAGAAUGGGAAAAGAGAUUGACUCCCAUGAUUAUGUGUUCAGGAUGAAUGGCGCUAUCGUCAAGGGUUACGAGGAAGAUGUUGGCAACAGGACGUCGGUGUACGUUCACACAGCUCACUCCAUCACCACCUCACUGUACCUGCUGCGAAAAUACGGCUACAGAGCUGCUCCACACGACGAAGGCAUCAAGUAUGUGCUGAUACCUGAGGGGAUGAGGGACUUCCAGUGGCUAAAUGGUCUUCUGAAGGGAGACAGAGUGACCGAGGGUCCAUACAGAAAUAAACGGCCGAGGACAUACUACUCCGGGAAGUACAACGAGACAAACUUCUAUGUUCUUCACCAGGACUUUCUCCGAUAUGUGCGAAACAGGUUCCUAAAGUCUACAAAUCUGAAUCGAAAAUUCUGGGCAAUCGUCAGACCAACAAAUGGAGCCUUCGCUCUGUUCACAGCUAUUCACACCUGCGACAUUGUGGAUGCUUACGGCUUCAUGACGGAGGACUUCAGGAAAUACUCCAACUACUACGUCGAGAAACAUGUGAAAACCAAAAUAGUUUUCUACGCCAACCAUGAUUACAUGCUUGAAAUGAACAUGUGGAAAAAGUUGCAUGACACUAAAAUAAUGAAACUGUACCAGCGAACAGGCUGAAAGGAGCAGCAGGUGAUUUCUCAUGCAUGCAUAUAUACAUGUUUUAAUACUAUGUAUUUUAACCCAAUGCUUUCAGGUCAGACAUAAGGUGCCUCUUUGUAAGCUCAUUUGAAGAGCUAUUUGUAAACUCAUGUAUUGCUGAAGUAAUCUUCGCAGAGAUGAGAAAAACGGACAUUAUGGUCGCCUCUGUGUUUACAGAUUGUCUAGAGAAGAAGGGUUACAGAAAAUAAACCAAUUGCAAUUUGGUUUUGGUUAGUGAUUGAAAAUAGUCUCACCUCUUCUAUAUGAUCUCAAAUCAGUCUUGUUUAGUCAUUUUUCAGUUAAAAUGUUUUCAGUGGCUCACUGGUGCUAACCGCACAGUUGUUGGAAGUUAGCAGUGAAGAGUUUGUUUGCUCCAAAUAAUGAGACAAAUAUGCAAAUGUCUCCUAUAAAAGAUGCUUUCAGGAGAAUAACCAAGGUAGUAGUCGUGAAAAAGCAUGAUGGCUCUGCAAACAACUAAUUUUUGCUCAGUUUUAGCUUUUUCCACUGUGAGCUAAUGUUGUAGGCCUUGUUUACAAAUGCGUCAAAAACGUCCGCAGCGCAACCACAGUGACUCCAGGUAAAGAAAACGUAUUCUCUUUGGGCAAGACAAUUAAUAUUUAGGGUUUAUUAAUAUCUGCUGAUUUGAAACAGAUUAGCACCUCGUUUACUGUAACUAAGCAUUUCACUUCAGGCAAAUGUGUGUUUGUAUAUAAACAAAACAGAACAAAACAAUAUCUAGAUAUACAACAGUUUCUUAAAAUAAAGUAAAUAAAUAUGAUAUUCAGGAAACUUUUGAUAAAAUUAAUCAUUGUUAUCCUCUGAUGUAUUCCAAAGAACACAUCAGAGGAAACUGUUGCAUAUUACAAUGUGUAUCCCCCACAAAUAUAUGGAAACAACCUUAUAAUUCUGUGAGCGAAGUUGACAUGAACGUGAUGAAUUUCUUGGGUUUGUAUGUGUGUGUGUUGUUUAUUUAUUGUUUCAGUAUUUUAACGGAGAAUGUUCUGUUUUUCUUACUCCUCUGAAUUCUUAAAUUUUGUAUCUGUGGUGUCAGGAAACUCUUCAAUUAAAGAAUUCAAAUACAUUUUAGUAUGGUCUCUCUCAAAUAUUUUUACUGUAUUGCAGGCAAUAAUUGGACACUGUGACUCUGAUAACUGAACCAUGGUAGCUUCAUGUGUCGGAGACGAAAACGUAGCAUCAAUAUUGUAAUUUUAUUUUUUAUUUUUUUGCCCAAUCAGUAUUUCCCUAAUGGAGAAUAUGUGUAUAGUUGUUCUCAACGGUAGUCAAAUGUC